GUGCAGGUGUCUGACAACAGCAAGACCAGUACGUGGUCUCUCCAGGCCUUGGGCUUCAGCUUCUCUUGGACUGCGGACAUCACCAGGCAGAUUCCAGCCAAACUGAUUGGCUGGGAGAGCACCAGCGGCAUGAAAAACGCAGGCGUCGCCAAGUUCCAGGACUUGCCCCACGUCAGUGGCGCCCCCGCCUGCCGUGUUACGGUUUCGAUGAGCUUGAAAACUCCAUCGCUCCUGAGAAGAGUCUUUCAGUCACGUCGGCUCAGCGCCAUGGCAGAGAGUGCCAUUGGAAAGGAUUUGGACACCUUCCGCGAGGUUGUCCUCGCGCGGAAGGCAACCGCCAGUGCAUGUGCCGUAGUCCUCGAGAGGCCGAAGGUGAACAACACGUACAAGGAUAACCUUGGCAAAUGCGAGCUCCUCGUGUGGCAGGACGGCCGCCUGGAGAUAGAGCUGCACGGCUUGGGAACAUCGGACAACACGCGGAAGUUGCUGGAGGAAUGCAGCCGCUCCAUCACUGAGUUUGGCGACUCUGUUCGUUGCACAGCACUGAUCGACAUGAGGCGAGGUGUCGGAUGCUCACCGCUGGCCGUGCCAACGAUUGUCAGCUUCUUGCAGAAGGACGGUGGAAGGAUCCUUCACACCGCGGUUCUGGGACCCCGUCCGCUGAUGGCCCUUGCCCAGAUGAUUUCCCGCUUGGCAAGACAAAACGGCGUGGCUUUCUUCUUCGACCGCCAGGAAGCGGAAAGUUGGUGUGCUGAGCCAGUACACGAAGUCCGCUGA